AUGACUAAAGUUUCUAAAUCCAAAGUAGCAAAUUCUCCUGAACAUAACCAUGAAGACCAACACAUGGUAAUUGAGUAUGGUUAAGACUAAGACUAGCAAACUGCUAAAGAAGAAGAUUAAACAGGCAAAAUAACAAAAUCUCUAAAAUUAAAAAGAAUAAUUACUAUUAUUGUCACUAUAGCUUUGCUUGUCGAACCAAUUUAUUCCACUUACAUAUCUUACAAGGCAUAUGAUAAGUUUAAUAGUUUAAAUGACCAAAUUAAAACAGAGGUUACCGAUAGAUACACUCAAUUAAUGAUUUUAGAUAUUUCUGUUUCCUCUUCUUGUAAUGCAGAGUGGGAUACUUUAUUCGUAUGGAUGUUUUAAGGAGCUAAUAUUAGAUGUGAUUGCAGAGGAAAAUUAGGUGACAAUAUAACUCUUGAUUUUUGUUCUCCUGACCAAGAAGCAGCUGGUUGCACUCAAUUUAAUUUUCUUGAUUAAAAAGUCUUGUCCUUAUAUCCUUCAGGACCUAAAAACGAUAAUUCGACAUAAAUUUGCGUUAAGUAAUAUGUUGGAGGACCUACUUUUUCAACUAUAAAAUCUUGGAGUUAGAAUUGUCCUAGUGGAUAAAGAUUAUGCGGAGGUUCUUCUAUUGAGAGUUCAGUAUGCAUAGAUAGUUCUUAACUAUGCCCAAUCAAUUCUAUUGUUGUUUAGCCUACAAAUCCUGAUCCAACAAUCUACCUUGAGCAAUAAUAGUAUAAUUCAACCCAUAACAUUUAUUACAGCAGAACUAGUAAUAACUUACCUAUAAAUUACUAUAAAGUUACAUCAGGUGAGGGCCCUUGCUAUAAUAUAAACUAGGAAAAUACCUAUUAAGGUAGAGUUGAUCCUUUCAAUUUUAAAGUAUAGAGAUCUCCUUGUGAAGUAGAUCCAAGAUGGUAAAGGGUAGCUGAAGUUGGAGAAUAUUCUUAUUAUGUUGCUAGUGGGAUAGACCCUCCAACAUACUUCAAGGAAGUGUGGAGCUUCUACUAAAUAAGUGACCAAUACAGAUAUGGUUUCUAUGUUUCUCAUUACCCAGAUUGGAAAUUCAAUUAUAGAAAUCUUAUAAGCUAAGUAACUGAUUUUGUAAAUAAUAGAGAUAGGAUUAUGACCUAUUAAACAACUCUUUUAUAUUUGAAUGUAGCUAACUUAGCAGUUAAUUGUUGCUUUGCUUUAUUUUUGAUUUAUGUAUUUAUACAAAAUGCAAGCGAAGAAGAAAAGGAUAAGUAUGUGGCUUGGAAAGACUACUAUAAUAACAUGAUAAAGAUUGCAUAAUUGGCAGUUUGUAUAUUUUAAGUUCUUAGUAUUGCUGACUAUUUGGAUACAUUUAAAUAGUGCACAGACAAUUAAGUUUCAGACUCAAGAACAAAUUAAAUUUUAUAAAGUGUUUAUAAUUAUAUGGAUACUUAAGUUUAUGAAGCAGAUAAGAAGCUAAUCAUAAGUACUGCUGCAGGAUUUGCAGUAUCAAUACUUAGUUUUUUAUUUACAAUCUAUUAGAAAAAGAAGAAACUAAAACAAGAAGAAAAUAAUUCAUGA